AUGGAGGAGCUUCGUGCUGAGCUCUUAAGGUUAACUGAGGAGCUUUCCUCAUCUAAAGAAACAGUGGAAUAUUUAUGUUCUCUAGUUUCCCUUCUUCAGGGUGAUGUUUCGGGUUGGCGAGGUAAGCUUGUCGCCGUUGAAAAAUGGAGAGACGAUCGUAUUUCUGAUGAACUCAGGAACAUCCUCUCUCAUUUGAACGAAGGCAAUGAUUUUGAAAUUGACUAUCGAUCACUUUCUGGCGCAGUCAAUGGUUGGAAGGAUUGGAGUACUUCUGUGUUAACACGUUUUCAGGCACCUUUGAAAUCAGUGGGUAUAUUAUCUUCCAUGUGGGUAUGCUCUGGUAUUGAGAUAUUUCGUGAUGUGACUAUUUUGAAUCAAUUAGUGAGUUGCUGGUGUCCUACGACUCACACAUUUUUGGUGAAUUGGGGUGAGUUUUCUGUAACAUUAGAAGAUGUCUAUGCUCUCCUUUUACUGCCUAUAUGUGGUAUUACUUCCGCGAUUGAACCUCUGUCGAAAGAUGAGAAAGACCUGUUGUCAGCCUUCACGGAAGCAUCCAAUGAUUUUAAAAAAAUGAUGCCACAUUUAAGUAGGUACGUUUUUCCCUCAAAACAAUCCAAGUCGGUACGUCGUGCUUUAUACCCCUUAGCAUGUAAACUUGCCCGCGAGAAGCAACUCCCAAUAGGAGCUUUUUACCUAGGAACUUUGUAUCAUAACUUAGAUUCCAUAGUUCGUGAUAUAAAUUCCGGAAGUAUGAAGACAAUUAGUGUCGUGGAUGCUUCUUUCCUCCAACUGUUUAUUUGGGAGUGUUUUCAUAAGCUUGCCCCACCCCGUAAAUGUUUGAAGGAUGGAAGCCCUCGUGCUUGGUCACGGUUUCGUUCUCGUUUAAAGGGUUCAAUACAGUUGACUGAUAUCGUUGACUAUAUUUCAGAAUUCAACUUCCGCCCGUAUCUUACUAACAUAGAUGCUUAUUUCACCCUGGACAUGUAUGAUGGAAGUGUGGUACCAUUAACGAGCGAGGUUCGAUCGAAUCUGAAUGUUUCUCGUGGCGGUAUAGGAUUUUGGUUUGCUAUUUGUCUUCCUCGGUGGUUGUUGUGCCUUCAAGAUAACUCAAAAUCUCUUUCUUGGUCUUUUAUUUCAUAUCGUCCUGAUCGUGUGGCUAGACAAUUUGGAUUUGACCAACAUGUUCCUCAUGAUCGUAAGGCAGGGAGUCUAGAAAAGGCAUCAAAAUCAUGUUUGUUAGGUUCUCUUCAAGUUUCAAAACGUUCGCAUAACUUGUUCCAACUCCCAUGUAAGGAGAGGUAG